AUGAGUACACGUUUCACUCCCCUAGUAAAAGAUAGAUGGACCAAAGAGGACACGUUUCUUUUAGUAAAAUCGUUAAACUUGUAUCAAGGAAAUUUCAAGAAGGCUGCUGAAGUUGUGGGACGUCCUGCUCACGAGUGCCGUAAAAAGUGGUCGACAGACCUCAGGCAUUUGACAACCUUCCCCGUGAGAAGUCGCCCUCGUGGAGAUUUGCCGAGAGUUCCCAGAUCAUCCCAGGGAUUUUCUACCUUAACUACAAUGAGCACCUCCAUUCAGAACACAGAAGAAACCGGAAAUAAUCUAAAUCCCAAUAACAUGCAAGGACAUUCAUUGUGUACAGAAUACACGUAA